CUUCUCGGCACUGUCCUCUCCGGUAUUUCCGCGCUGGCUCCUCGGCACUGUCCUCUCCGGUAUUUCCGCGCUGACUUAUCGGCACUGUCCUCUCCGGUAUUUCCGCGCUGGCUCCUCGGCACUGUCCUCUCCGGUAUUUCCGCGCUGGCUCCUCGGCACUGUCCUCUCCGGUAUUUCCGCGCUGGCUCCUCGGCACUGUCCUCUCCGGUAUUUCCGCGCUGGCUCCUCGGCACUGUCCUCUCGGGUAUUUCCGCGCUGGCUCCUCGGCACUGUCCUCUCGGGUAUUUCCGCGCUGGCUCCUCGGCACUGUCCUCUCGGGUAUUUCCGCGCUGGCUCCUCGGCACUGUCAUCUCCGGUAUUUCCGCGCUGGCUCCUCGGCACUGUCCUCUCCGGUAUUUCCGCGCUGGCUCCUCGGCACUGUCCUCUCCGGUAUUUCCGCGCUGGCUCCUCGGCACUGUCAUCUCCGGUAUUUCCGCGCUGGAUCCUCGGCACUGUCCUCUCCGGUAUUACUGGGGGCUACUUCUCUGUUUUUUUAUCCAGGACCCCGCGGUGACGGAGCAUCGGCCCAGCAGCCAGUAUGCUACGUUAGAUGUCUACAAUCCAUUUGACAACCUCGGGGUGCCUCCUCCUUACCAUGAGCCAUCAGCCCAGCCAGCUGCCACUGCGCCUGCUGCAACGAUCCAGCCGACUGUCAGCCCAGCUGUCAAGAAACAAAGUCCCACUGAACCCAAAAACUACGGCUCAUACGGGACCCAGGACUCUACAGCUGCAGCGACAGCAGAGUUAUUACGCCGCCAGGAAGAGCUGAACCGCAAGGCUGAAGAGAUAGACCGGAGAGAAAGAGAACUACAGAAUGCUGCGCUUGGAGGAGGAACAUUGAGACAGAAUAACUGGCCCCCGCUGCCAUCUUUCUGCCCUGUGAAGCCUUGCUUCUACCAGGAUAUAGGUGUGGACAUUCCUCAGGACUUCCAGAAGACGGUGUCCAUUAUGUAUUACCUGUGGCUUGUCAGUGCAGGAACUCUGCUGCUGAACUUCGUGGCCUGUUUCGCCUUGUUCUGUGUAGAUGCCAGUGGGGCCUCUGGUUUUGGCCUGUCCAUCCUCUGGGGUAUCCUCUUUACACCCUGCUCAUUUGUUUGCUGGUACAGACCACUGUACAAGGCUUUCAGGAGUGACAGCUCCUUCAAUUUCUUCGCCUUCUUCUUCAUCUAUUUUGUCCAAGAUAUAAUGUAUGUGCUGGAGGCAGUGGGGAUCCCUGGCUGGGGCUUCAGCGGCUGGGUCGCUGCUCUCGCUGCGCUGAAAGGCGGUUAUACGGGGGUCUCUGUCUUCAUGAUGAUAGUCGCGCUGCUCCUUACAGCAACUGCGGUGAUGGGCAUUGUCAUGCUGAAGAGGAUCCACUCCAUCUACCGCCGGACCGGUGCCAGUUUCCAGAAGGCACAAGAGGAGUUUGCUGCUGGUGUGUUCUCUAACCCCACUGUGCGCACUGCAGCGACCAACGUAGCAGCCGGGGCUGCCCAAAGUGCGUUCACGCCUUAGGAUGGGACUGGAGCGCCAUCUGUCUGCCACAUCCCUGCACUGUUGGACUGUAUUGCGGCAGCUUGUUCCAGCGCUGACGUUCACCUGGGCUCGCCGCUCUUCAUUAAUGCUUGUGUGUCUGUAUUAACACAAUGUGAGCGUGACACUAUGGGGGAGCGUGCGAGAGGUUGUGUCAUGCGUGCAACACCACCUACCGGGACGUGACGCCUUCCCACUCAGGAUUAACCCUUCUCUGCCUGUGGAGGGCUCUUUUCAGUUAAAGCCGGGUGUACCUGUGAUGUUGGGAGGGAGGGGGGUGAGCAUGCCUCAUGUUUACAUGUAUGUUCUGAUAGUAGGGGUAAUGCAUGUAGCCUCAGAUUCUGUCGGCCCACGUGAUGUGGCGGAGGGGUCAGACGUGUUGACCAGCUGAUGCCAAAUUAAACCAUUUUAUUAAGCUGA